AUGUCUUGGAGGCGCCGCCUUUCUUCCUAUAGCUUCGACACCGUUAUAGGUGUCUUCCUGCCAGCGGGUUGUAUUGGUGUCCUGGCUGAAGCCUACUUGAGAACGAACCUCCGAGACGCCAACACGGCGGCCCACUGCUCCUUUGCUGCUUCCAACAACAUCUUGACCACCGCAAGGGUACGAGAGCUCGAGACAGCUGGAAUUGUCGUAAUCCCAAAGGUGCUUUCCGGGCAACAACUACACGAUGCUCGAUACGCUGUACAACUACUAAAGGGGCAGUUUGAUACUAGCCUCAAUGAUAGAGACGUUCGUCAGGACCAAAUCCAAUGGGUCCGAUCGACGGCGGUCGGAGUCGCCUCGGAAGAAGAAGAGGAUGGUCUACUGCUUCCGAUUCGACUGAUAAGAGGGGUCGGCGACGCUCUGGAAAGGGCAAGCUAUCAAGGAGUGAGUGCCUUGCGAAUACCCCAGGACUGCCAGCUGGCAGUGUACGCUGGGGAUGGAUCUGCGGGUUAUCGGCGGCACUUGGAUCGAUGCACUUCGACAAUAUUUGAGCUGGGGAUUUUGGAGUACUGGCGCCUGAGCGAUGUCAGAUGCCGAGUCGUAACGGUGAUACUCUACCUCAAUGCAGCUGAUCGACCCAAGGACGCCGGAGGCUCGCUUCGAUGUUGGACCAACAAUGAGUCGGAGGAGGAACACUUUGACAUUGAACCCGUGGGAGGAACAAUGGUCGUCUUUGAUGCAAGUCGGAUACGCCAUCAGGUGCUACCCUCGAACUCAGAACGAACAGCUAUCACUUGUUGGAUCCACGGAAAUCUUGAACAAUAG